AUGGCGUACCAUCACCACAAGGCGACUGAAGAAAUUCACGAUGGUGUCAUGAACCUUCCAUCAAUCCCCAAAUUUGGUAUGAUCCUUUUUCCAAGCAACCCAAGCUUACAGUUUGUUUGGGAGAUGUUUUUUGAUGACGAGGCAGAAUGUGCCGACAUUCUGGAGGAAUUGCUUUCACAUCGUAACAGCGCCCGACCUCAACUCCCGAUUCCCCAUCAAUUGGCUCUCACACUCGAGCGACUUGGGUCCAACGGUAACGGUGCCUCGGUCGGACGUUUCUCACGUAAUCUCAGUGUUGGGCGGGGAACACUAAUCAAAGUCAGCCGGCGGGUUAUUCAAGCGAUCAAUGAAGUUUUGACCAACUUCAUUGCCUGGCCAAAUAAGGAUUGA